AACACACAUUUCCAAUUCAUUCAAGCAUGAGGCGGAACAUGCAUGUCAGUGGAAGACAUUACAAACACCAAACUAAAGCAUAAAGGAAUGGUAUCUCACUGAAUGGUAUCACACUAUCUCUAUCUUACAAGAGUAUGAAGUUCAAAUGCUUCAUAGUGAAGGAGAUGCCUGAAGAUCUGUUGUCAUUUCUCUGCAUCCUCAAAACGUCAACGAAAGAGAAAUACAUGCAUUCUUCACCACUAACACCAUGCCAAAGAACUGAAUUACACAAGACUAAAAUUUUGAGAUCCAAAGGAAAAGCCCUGAUCAUAUGAUAAUCUCAACAGUUUAUCAAGCAUGAUGGUAUUGCUUCAGAUAAGCAAUUUUCCAUAAGAGAAGAAUGCUCUGAGAAAGUUAUUACAAUCUUGGCCAGGGGGAUGUUCUAUACAAAACUACACCAUUAACUGCUUAAUACUGCCUUUUAAGCAAAUGAGAUAUGAAAAAAGACAGCAGAGGGAACAACAUCCCAGGAAAAAAUUUCAGACUUGGUAUAAACAACAUGAUUAGAUUUGAGCAUUUCAUUAAACUUGGUCUAGUGAUAUCAAGUCUAACUUAAUUUCUUAGAUAGAGCCAAUGAACUUCAGUUACCUUAGACAUAUGCAACAUGAGUCAGGACAGACUUCAAAGUUGUAACUGCAAAAUCUAAGUGGAAAAUGCACUUGCUGCUACCAGAGUUACACGAGAUUAGGAUUGAUGAUAGAAACAAAAAUCAUUUGCCACGUAUAACAGAAUGGUGAAAGGUAAAAAUAAGUUACCAUCCCAUUCUUGCCUUCCCUGUCUUCUAUAUGUGACUAAUACUAACACUUAGUAUGCCACUAUGGUUUCGCCCUCCCGCAUGUACUUCGACAUGGGUGUAGUCAGUUUUUAUAUAGCUGUUCUAUUUCUGCCUUUUACAAGAAGCUGGAAUGUGAAACUUAGCAUCAGGCACCUGGCAACAAUGUUGCUGAGAAACCUUAAAAGAAGAACCCAGACAUCAUAUUAAUCAAACAGUUCAAGAACU